AUGGGGAACUGCAACGUUUGCUUGAGAGCGGACGUCGUCGACGACAAAAGUUCCAACAACCGCGACAAAAACAAGAAGAAGACCGGAGAGCGACGGUCCAACCCGUUCUCCGACGACCCGAUCCGGUCCCCUGCUCCGAUCCGAGUUCUAAAGGAUGUGAUCCCGCUCGGUCACCGGACCCGGAUCGGCGACAAGUACAUACUGGGUCGCGAGCUGGGUCGGGGCGAGUUCGGCAUCACUUAUCUGUGUACGGACCGCGAGACGAAGCAGGCCCUGGCCUGCAAGUCCAUAUCCAAACGCAAGCUCAGAACCGCGGUGGAUAUAGAGGAUGUGAGGCGGGAGGUGGCGAUAAUGUCGACGUUGCCGGAGCACCCGAACAUAGUGAAGCUGAAGGCGACUUACGAGGACAACGAGAACGUCCACUUGGUUAUGGAGCUCUGCGAAGGCGGCGAGCUGUUUGAUAGGAUUGUGGCCAGAGGACAUUACAGUGAGCGAGCUGCGGCCAACGUGGCCAGGACUGUAGCGGAGGUGGUGAGGAUGUGCCAUGCCAAUGGGGUUAUGCACAGAGACUUGAAGCCUGAGAACUUUUUGUUCUCUAACAAGAAAGAGCACUCGCCCCUUAAGGCCAUCGAUUUUGGGCUCUCUGUGUUUUUCAAGCCUGGGGAGAGGUUUAUGGAGAUUGUGGGGAGUCCGUACUACAUGGCCCCAGAGGUUUUGAAGAGGAAUUAUGGACCCGAGGUCGAUAUAUGGAGCGCCGGUGUAAUUCUUUACAUUUUGUUGUGUGGGGUUCCUCCAUUCUGGGCAGAAUCUGAACAGGGUGUGGCUCUUGCAAUCUUGAGGGGGGUGAUUGAUUUCAAGAGGGAACCCUGGCCUCAGAUUUCGGAGAGUGCUAAAAGCCUUGUUCGGCAGAUGCUGGAGCCGGAUCCUAGAAAACGCUUGACUGCUCAACAGGUGCUUGAACAUCCUUGGUUACACAAUGCAAAGAAAGCUCCAAACGUUCCAUUAGGAGAUAUAGUGAGGCCAAGGCUCAAGCAGUUCUCAGUAAUGAAUAGAUUCAAAAAGAAGGCUCUAAGGGUAAUUGCAGAACACUUAUCUGUUAAAGAAGUGGAAGUAAUCAGAGACAUGUUUACAUUGAUGGACACUGACAAAGAUGGCAAAGUAACAUAUGAGGAAUUGAAGGCUGGGCUUCAGAAAGUUGGUUCACAAUUGGCCGAACCAGAGGUUAAGAUGCUGAUGGAAGUGGCUGAUGUUGAUGGAAAUGGAGUCUUGGACUAUGGAGAGUUUGCAGCAGUGACCAUUCACUUGCAGAGAAUGGAGAAUGAUGAGCAUCUCCGCAGAGCAUUUGUGUUCUUUGACAAAGAUGGAAGUGGAUAUAUUGAGUUAGGUGAGCUAAGGGAAGGUUUACUAGAUGAAUCAGGUGAAAUUGAUAAUGAAGUGCUGAAUGACAUCAUGCGUGAGGUCGACACUGAUAAGGAUGGACGUAUCAGUUAUGAGGAGUUUGUUGCGAUGAUGAAAACUGGAACGGAUUGGAGAAAGGCGUCUCGGCAGUAUUCGAGGGAGAGAUUCAAGAGUUUGAGCCUCAACCUGAUGAAAGACGGUUCAUUGCAGCUUCACGAUGGGCUAACUGGUCAAGCAAUUGCUGUAUAA